AUGGAUGUAGCUGGAUAUUGUUUGUUUCCGCUCGAGAAGUUGCCAGAUGAGCUUAUACUAGAGGUGUUCUCACACUUAGCACAACCCGACAGGUUGACAGUAUCGUUGUUGAGUCAUAGAUGUUGCGAGAUUGCUACUAAAUUGGUGUAUCGAAGGAUCUAUCUAAACGAUUCGAAUGUCGUAAGGAGCAGUUAUAUGAAUUUGGCGAUAAAUUGGACUCUUUUGAAUAUCCCGUCGUCUCUAAAUGAAGAUGAGUCAAGAAAGAUUGCCAAUGCGAAAUUGAGAAAGCUCAUUUAUGCCCUGGAGAUGAACCAGCGGGCUCUGGAGUCUGUUGAGUGGAUUAGAAUCAAUUGGGACCUGGAUCCUGCACUGCAAAAGACCGUUUUAGCGAUACUUUGUUCCAGAGGAACUUCUUUACAGCGAUUAGAGAAUAUCACAGAUCCAUCUUGUAACGAUAUCAUUGCUGGAGGAGCUGUUUCGUCGAGGAAAGUUAUUAGUCUCGAUAUGGCUCCGCCAAAUUCUCUUCCGGAGAUUGCUGUACCUAGUGAUUACAUUCCAAAUCUGCAAAGGUACUUGAGGUCCAGGAUCUCUACUUCUUUAUCGCAUAUGACCCUGUUUAUCGAUCCCAUUAAACUAUUCAAUUACCUCUACCCUUUGACCCACAAGUUACAAAUUAUAGAUCUAAAAUUGCAUUGGAGGAGGGAAUUUUAUGAUCCUGCCUAUUUCACAAGGAGAUUGAAAACCCGACCAAUCGAAAAAUUGUCAGAAGUGUUUGAAGUGCGAACUCUCAAAACUUUGACGAUCAUUUCAUGGAAUGAGACAUUGGUGUCGAGGGAAAUCCAGAUGAUAAAGGAUUUUAAGGAAUUUGUUUAUCUCGAAGAUCUGUCUUUGAUCUCCAUAAAGCAGAAUUUUGAUGUACUGGUGACACUUUUUUACAAUCUACCCAGGUUAAAGAGACUUAAGAUGGAUUUCUUGGAAGAUUUCAUGCCUGAGACAAAAAAUACUGAAAUUUUUCUCACCAUACUGCUAGUAUGCAAGAAACUACAGUUUAUUGACAUGCGAUUUGAGGGACUGGAUCCUCAGAUGAUAGCAAUUCAUGAAACGAAAUUUGAGUUGCAUCAAAAAUGUUACUGCGAUGCUUGUAUCCAUGUCUUUGAGGACAUCUUGAAGAAGAAAUUCUUCUUAUUUCCGGAAGAUCAGUAUUUGACAGACAUUCAUGAUAUUGCAGCAAAGGAUAUUUUCAAGAUGAUGAGGUACUUAUCUUUGUUGCCAUACUCAAAGGCCUGUGAUUGUUAUCCAAGCGUGAGGACUCAACCCAUGAAUUUGGACGAGUUCGUCUCGAGGAUGAACAAAAAUUUAUUAUUUUACCGCCAAAGCCGUGGACAAUUGCUUUCUCCAGAGCAUCAGGUACAUGAUCCUCAGAAUAGCGAGUUUUCUACGUUGGGAUUGCCGCAUGCUCUGUUGACUAAACAAGAUGUGAUUGAAUGCUAUCAUGCUCUUAUUCAUCAUUACAGAGCUACUUAUGUGGCUUUUUUAAGAGGGUUUCCACAUCUUCGAUUUUUGAUGUUGAAUGACAUCCCAACUAUCGUGGUUGAAGAAGAGAAAGAACGGAUUUUCCAACCCAUUUUCUAUCACGAAAACUACAAGACCAAUCUGACAUGCUGGUCACAAAUCGAAAAGAAACCUAAAGGAUCCCACGGGGAAGCAACAGAUUCAGUCAACAGGAAAGUCAGCGUCUUUUAA